GCCAGUUCACAAGGGAGUACGGAGCGGCUGCAGUUUAUAACAAUGGAAAGCUGAAGCCACCUAGAUCUAGAUCUAAGUCAUUUUGUCGUUGCGUGCAAUAGUUGAUACGUGAUCUUAAAAAGUCACAUCUGAAUGUGUUAAAUUCAAUUAUUCUAGAAUAUCUAGAUCUAGAUUCUAGGUUUAAAACCGGUCUUAACAUAGGCCUAACCCCAUCCUUCUUUCGGUGAACAAGGUUUGUGGAGCAUGCGCACUGAGGACAACAAAGGCACGUUUCCGUGUUACCAAAAAUAGCUUGUUUAUGUGAGGACGCUCAUCUCGAUCUAUACCAUCGGACAAGGUAGCCGGUCAGUGAUCCGGAGAGGUUAAAUUAUUUACCGUAAGUGCCCCCAAGUGACUAUUUACGAGCCAUGGCCUUACCGUCGACAGGGUUGAGUGCAUUCGCUCGACUUUUGGCUCAGAGUCCGGCUCACUGUUGUAAGAGGAGAACGCUGUUUGGAUUGAAUGUGAAAAUAAAUAAGGCCGGUGGUGCUUGGAAACAGCGUUGUUGCUCCUACAGUAUUUUGUUGAGUCGAGCAUCGGUGUGUUGUUCUACACAGAAAGGAAACAUGUCGGUUUCACAUCAAAAUUCGCAAUCAAAAAUCGAUGGAAAGAAAUCGAUGUGUCCUAACUCUACUCGUUCAACGCACACUGGAAUCCCUGGAGAUGACUUCUUGUUCAGACAGCUGCUGGAGUACAAGUCGUACACGUACACAUACCUACUGGCGGACACACACAGCAUGGAGGCCAUCCUCAUCGACCCUGUCAUCGACACCGUGGACAGAGACGUCAGACUGGUCAAGGAUCUGGGGCUCAAGCUCAUUGCUGCUGGAUGUAUGACAUACGUGUGGCACGAGAAGGGCAUGGUGUUCACCGGUGACGCGCUGCUCAUACGGGGCUGUGGACGCACCGACUUUCAGCAAGGAAGUGCAUCCACCCUGUAUGACUCAGUGCACCAGAAGAUUCUGAGCCUGCCUGAGCACUACUGUGUGUUCCCGGCCCAUGACUACACAGGCCAGACCAUGUCGACGGUGGGUGAGGAGAAGCAGUUCAACCCGCGUCUGUCCAAGCCAAAGUCGGAGUUUGUGGAGAUCAUGACCAAGCUUAACCUGCCCUACCCCAAACAGAUAGACGUUGCACUACCAGCCAACUUGGUGUGUGGAGUCUUUGACGUCCCCACGGGCCCUGCUGUCUAGUUCUGACAGACACUACUUUUGGCUCCGAGGGUUCGAGUUCAAGCCUUACGUCUGACACUUGCUGCGGUCCAGGGUAGCUGGAUCCUCAUGAGGGGAAAGAACUGACAGCAACAACGUCCAUCUGUAGAGUUUUUUGGGGUGCUUCCAUGGACCCCAAUUGUAUUUGCAUCAAUUU